GACAUUCGCCCCACUUGCUCCACUGUCAGUUUGCAGCACGUCUGUUCAUCAUGGGGAAAGGGUUCUAUAUUAGCAAAACAGUUGGGAUCUUCGGGAUCGUGCUGGCCGUUGGAGCCGUGGCCACCAUCAUUGCUCUCUCUGUGGUUUACUCUCAAGAAAAAUCCAGAAACAAAGAAAUCGAGGUGAAACCAACAGAAGGAACAACAACAACCACAAGCCAGCCAACCACAAACCAGCCAACCACAAACCAGACAACCACAAACCAACCAACCACAUCAGUAUCCAAUGAACCAUGGGACAGUUUUCGUCUCCCUGAUACACUUAUCCCAGAUUCUUACGAUAUCACGCUAUGGCCGCGUCUCAGACCGAACGAUCAAGGUCUCUACAUCUUUACGGGAAACUCUAGCGUGGUGUUCAAGUGUGUGAAGGAGACGGAUCUCAUCCUGAUUCACGCCAACAAGCUGAACCUGACCUCUAAGGCCAUACUGAGCACGCUCAAUGGCUCUCCUGCACCGUCCAUCACAUCUGAAAGCACCGUCAGCAAAACCCAGUAUUUCGUUUUCCAUUUGAGUGAGAAAUUAAAAGCAGGAGAGUGGUACAAACUCCACACCGAGUUCAUAGGGGAACUUGCAGAUGACCUGGGAGGAUUUUACAGGAGCGAGUAUGAAGUAAAUAAUGUCAAGAAGGUUGUGGCCACGACGCAGAUGCAGGCCACAGACGCCCGGAAAGCUUUCCCUUGUUUUGAUGAACCUGCAAUGAAAGCUUACUUUAAUAUCACUCUGCUCCAUGAACCAGGAACUAUCGCACUUUCUAACAGCAUGGAAAUUGAUUCAGUUGAAGUGAUGGAAGGCGGUCAGAAGCUCAAUAAAACACGAUACGAAACCACCAGGAGAAUGUCAACAUACUUGCUGGCAUUUAUUGUCAGUGAUUUUAAAGCAAUUGAGGACUUGGCAGGCAAAGUUUUGAUUCGUAUUUUUGCACGUGAGGAGGCCAUCGACGCAGGUCACGGAGAGUACGCCCUGAGCAUCACGGGCAAGAUCCUGGAAUUCUUUGAAGUCUAUUAUAAUGUCAGUUACCCGCUCUCCAAAUCAGAUCAGGUGGCUCUGCCAGACUUUAAUGCAGGUGCGAUGGAGAACUGGGGUUUGAUCACGUACAGAGAAACAGCUCUGCUCUACGACAGUGCCGUGUCCUCUAACGGGAAUAAAGAGCGAGUUGCCACCAUCAUCGCUCAUGAACUCGCGCACAUGUGGUUUGGGAACCUCGUUACUAUGAAAUGGUGGAACGAUCUCUGGCUGAACGAAGGUUUCGCCUCCUACGUUGAAUAUCUCGGAGCUGACAGUGCAGAGCCUGGCUGGAAUAUUACAGAUCUGAUAGUGCUGAAUGAUGUGCACAGAGUUUUCUCUGUGGAUGCUCUGGCCUCCUCCCACCCGCUGUCCUCUAAAGAAGAAGAAGUCCUGAGACCAGAGCAGAUCAGUGAGGUGUUUGACACUAUCUCCUACAGCAAGGGGGCGUCGGUGUUAAGGAUGCUCUCAGAUUUCCUGACUAAAGAUGUUUUUGUUCAGGGCCUCACUAGCUACCUCAAACACUUCCAGUUCCAGAACACAGUGUACACAGACCUUUGGGAUCAUCUCCAACAGGCUGUAGAUGCUACUGGAACACGGCUUCCAAUGAAAGUUAGUGAAAUCAUGGACCGCUGGGUUCUUCAGAUGGGUUUCCCAGUGGUGAAAAUUAACACAGCGACAGGAGACAUCACUCAAACUCACUUCCUCCUCGAUCCUGAGUCUGUUGUGGAGCGACCUUCUCCUUUCAACUAUGAGUGGAUUGUUCCGAUACAAUGGAUGAAAAAUGGAGAUAAGCAGGACAUCUACUGGCUGAAGACCAAAAACGAACAAAACACCAUGAUGAAAAUGGUGGACUCUGAUUGGCUGGUGGCCAACCUCGAUGUGUUGGGAUACUACAGAGUGAACUAUGACAUGGAGAACUGGAGGAAGCUGCUGCACCAGCUCCAGACAUCUCAUAAGAACAUUCGUGUGAUUAACCGAGCUCAGAUUAUAGAUGAUGCUUUUAAUCUUGCAAGGGCGAGAAUUAUUCCGACUUCGUUGGCUCUGAAUACUACACUGUAUUUAUCAGAGGAGAGAGACUACAUGCCCUGGGAGUCAGCACUGGACAAUUUGGAUUAUUUCUACCUCAUGUUUGAUCGCACAGAGAUUUAUGGAUUAUUGCAGUCUUACACAAAGAAGCAAGUGGAGCCACUUUUCGAGUACUUUAAAACCCUCACUAAGAACUUUACCGACAUCCCCGAGAGUCACAUGGACCAGUAUAAUGAGGUGAACGCUCUGCGUAUGGCCUGCAGCUCCGGAGUGGACGAGUGCAAAACUCUUGUAAAGAAUUGGUUUGAGGAGUGGAGAUCAAACUCAAGUUACAACCCGAUCCACCCUAACCUUCGGUCCACGGUGUACUGCCAGGCCAUCGCUGCAGGGGGCGCCACAGAGUGGGACUUUGCUUGGUCCAUGUUUAAGAACGCAUCCAUCGCCACUGAGGCCGACAAACUGAGAGCCGCCAUGGCAUGUAGCUCCACACCCUGGAUCCUCAACCGGUAUCUGACUUACACACUGGAUACAUCAAAGAUCCGUAAACAGGAUGCGACGUCUACAAUCAUAUACGUGGCGAAUAACGUGGUGGGUCAGCCGCUGGCCUGGGACUUCAUCAGAGCGAACUGGGAGUACAUCUACAGAGAGUACGGCGGGGGAUCUUUCUCCUUCGCUAACUUAAUCAAUGGUGUCACCAAACGCUUCUCUACUGAGUUCGAACUCAAACAGUUGGAGCAGUUUAGAAAAGAUAAUGAACACAUAGGAUUCGGUUCUGGUUCCAUGGCCAUCGAGCAGUCCAUCGAGAGGACGAAGGCCAACAUCAAGUGGCUUAGUCUGAACCAGGACGAGGUGAAAACAUGGCUGGAGGCAGCAACUAAAUUAUAAACACACACACACACACACACACACACACUCACACAAGUAUUUUUUAUCCUGCUUAUCAUUUUUAUAACUAAUCUCUAUUAAAUAUUUUAAAUAAAUUUCUGAUGUUAAAUGACUAAUGCGUUAAACUUUUCUGAUGUGGAAUAAAAUAAAACAAUUCUUAAUA